AUGGCCUGCAUUUGUACUCUUCCCGACGAUUAUUGGAAUAAUAUGUACCAAUGUAUUAAGUGCUCUCCUCAAAUCGAUGCAAUGGACAUCUCGGCAAAUGAGUUGAGUGACACAUUUAAAGGUGAGUAUUGUACUUCUCAGUCAAGCUCAACUGAAUUAGCUAGUUCAUCUAGUCUUUCAGCAGCACUAAAUAUUGCAAACCUCCCGAAUUUGAAAUUAUGGUACCUAUCUAUUUCACUUUUAUCUUUCAUUAUUUAG